GCAAUAGUAUUUCCUUAACAAGUUCGAAUGUAAUGAUUUAGGACAGUAACUAUCAUCAUCACCACAAUAAACCACUCAACACAUCCAAUGGCAAACAAUCCGAUUUACUGAAACUUGAAUAUAGUGAAGAAUCGUGCGUGCUGUCGUCAUAUGAUCCUCACCAGAGCUAAACCUCGCCGAGGAGACAACAACAACAACAUGAAAUCCAUUCAUUAUUUGGAGCAAACUGCAGUAGUGACGGGAUAGUCUGCAGACCAGCUGACGUCGUCGGUGACCCAGCUACAUGGGAGUUGGCAUCACCCAGAGAAACCAAGCCCGCUCAUUAAAGCCGAGAAGCUUUUUAUUUAGGACUUUAAACGUGUUGUUCUCACGGUGUACCAUCUGAAUAGCAGGAACCAUCCUAGACAAGGCUACCGUACAUCUAGAACUUCCUCAGCCUGCUGGGUUAUUAUUUGUGAGUGGAAUGAGUCACUUGAGGCUCGAUCUGAAUCUGGAAUCAUUUGCGCAGACUGAGAGAAAAAAGAUCCAACCCGACGGUGUAGAAGCCUAUGAAUAGACUGUACAGAUAAAUAGUUUGUUUGUACCCUAAACCCGCAUGCUGCUGUUGUUCAGCGGCAGCCGUAGUCGUUUUGCCAGAUCAAGAUACAGACAGACUACAGCUUUAUCAUUGAGUUCCCUGCCUGCACAGGUCGGGUUCUGCUGGACCGGAUGGAAAUAUGAGUCAGAUGCAUUAAGGGUGACGUCUCUGUCUUGGGACCGUGACAGACCGUGCACGGACUAAGACCAGUGUUCCGAACAUGACAUCAGCCUUCAGCGUGGAGAUCAUUUCCUCCCUCUCCUCCAUUCAAAGGGGAAUACUUAUUUUUUGCGCGUAGUUUUCUCAUGGUUGCCGUGUGGAGCCUAACAGCCACACACCCACUCCUCAACAACGACGGCUUUUGCUUGCAUCUUCCAGUGCUGCUUCUGUCAGAAAGUUCAGCAGAGCUGCUCCUCGUCCGUCGCUAGCCCGGACGCCGCAGCCCCGACACAGUAGCCAAUCGCAGCCCAGAGCGCCGCCCAUGUGACAUGGUGAAGAUGACCAAGUCGAAGACGUUCCAGGCCUACCUGCCCUCGUGCCAUCGCACCUACAGCUGUAUACACUGUCGGGCACACCUGGCCAAUCACGACGAACUCAUCUCUAAGUCAUUCCAAGGCAGCCAGGGAAGAGCCUACCUCUUCAACUCUGUUGUUAACGUGGGCUGUGGGCCGGCCGAGGAGAGGGUUCUCCUGACAGGUUUACAUGCCGUCGCUGACAUCUACUGUGAAAACUGUAAAACCACUCUGGGCUGGAAAUACGAACAUGCGUUUGAGAGCAGCCAGAAGUAUAAAGAGGGGAAGUUCAUCAUUGAGCUGACUCACAUGAUCAAGGACAACGGCUGGGAGUGACUUCACUUCCCGUGACAUCACGUCCUGCUACCGCCCCUUUAAUGACCUCUGACCUAUCAAAGCUCUAUCGGACUUCACUGAGCAACAAUCAAUCACCUGUUGAACUGGAGAGAGGAGGAGCCUGUUGAACCGGAGAGAGGAGGAGCAGCCUGUUAAACUGGAGAGAGGAGGAGCAGCCUGUUGAACUGGAGAGAGGAGGA